AUGCAACAGGCGAAAGCCGUAACGAUUCGGCCGAAUGAAAGCGCUGGACUUGCAGCGUCGCGCCCUGCUCCAAGGACUUUCCAAUUUGUUACCGCAAAUCCAUCCUCCGAAGCUGAACGUUCUCAAAAUAAAAUUCUCGUUCGCUCCAAUGCCUCCAAUUUUCACUGGCGACGAGUUAAGAAAUCCUCCGAUCCUUCCGCCAACCGAGGUGUAUCAAGACGACGUCCGACAAAUCACAACCAGACCAGAUCUUCCAAGAGGGCACUGGCACCUUUGACUCCGCAGCAGUAUGAGUCCUCUUCCACCGAAAGUGAACGAUCGACGCCAAAGAAUGAGGUGGAUCGCGACGAACACAAGAUAGAAUCGCCGGCCCAUCACAGCAAGCUGAUCGUGCUGCCGAGCAGUAGUUUGACGACACUGAUUGUUUCUGGACACCAUGAUCCGUUCGAGACAUAUCCGUGCGACCUUCCGAAGGAGUUCGUCAGUCCCAUUCUCGACCAGGUCAAUGGGUUUUUGUCAUUAAUGUUUCCGCCAGCGAGAGGACAAUUCUUGAGUCCCCUCGCCGAGACAUGGCUUCGAACAACGUUUCGCGAUCGAGGUCUUUUCCAUGCGUCCUUGUUCUGCCAACUCACAAGAAAUCGAAUUUUCUUCUCCUCGGCGCCCGAGACGCGGGAACAGAUGCAGUGCUACAAUGAGACGAUCCGAGGUGUCCACGAGAGAUUCAAGGACGCCAUACUGAGUUGCGAAGACGAAAACAUACUCUCUGUUUAUGCUCUGUCUUAUCAUGGGGAAUUACGGCGUGACCCUCCUGCCGUAGCGCCAUCUCAAGGGCCACUGACCACCUUGCAACUAUUGCACAUUUAUGGUGGCCGCCUUGAAACUGUGCAAGUCCAUCUACAAGGCCUCGCCAAAAUGCUGUCUCUGCGGGGUGGCAUCUCGAAGAUCGCACUGCCCGGUCUGGCCCAAGCGAUUUCCUUUGGAGAUAUCGUCGUCGCCUGCCAAAAUAUCGCGAAACCGAUGUUUCCGUAUGUUCCAAUGCAUGAUGAUGUUAUCGGACCCCUGAACACAGCAUCGAGAAGGACCCAUCCUCUCGUCGGCCUAGGCAAAGGGUUCCGGGUUCUACCGGGUAUGUUGAGUCAUGAAGAAGUGUCAAAGCUUCUUGCGGCUCUCCGAUGGAUUAUCCAAUACACGUUCGCGGUAGAUGAUCAUGUCGAAGGAAGGCCAGAGGCCCAAGCCUUAUCUGCCUUGAUGGACGAGAGGAAUUUCGUCCAACACAAUCUCAUGCUUUUGACACCAGACCCAUCUGAAAUCCGACAGGAACACCCAAUGCAUAGACUCUCCCGUCUUGCUACCGUCAUUUACAGCCUUCUCGUGGUCUUUCCGCUCCCGGCAGUCGCGGCACCAUUCCACCAGCUCGCUCAUGAUGUUCGGUCACAGCUCUCACAACUUUCCAUCCAAUCCCGAUGGACUGAAGCACCUGACCUCAUUCUCUGGAUAACAGUGAUGGGUGCCAUUGCCGCGGUAGGGUCAUCAGAUCGAACGUGGUAUCUUUCUGCUUUGGAUCGCCUUACCCGACGACUGAACAUCAAGACAUGGGCGUCUUUGAAAGAGCGGCUGAAAAUGUUUCUUUGGUUUGAGUACACCAAUGACUCGGAUGGACUCAAACUUUGGAGAGAAAUUGAAGAAUCCAGUGUAUUUCGCAUGGCCGAUAGGUUGCUUUGA